AUGGCUAAUUUCUUGUAUGUCUUUUCAGUGCUAAGCCAUUUCAUCCUGUUUCUCAAUCUUCCUCUCUCUGUUAUUUCUGUUUCUUUCAAAAUAGACCAAUUCAAAACCGAUGAUAACACCAUACUUUAUCAAGGAGAUGCUGUUGUUCUUGGUGGAGAGAUUUUACUAAGUGAUCCUGAAUUUUCUUGUCAUCUUGGUCGAGCUAUUUACAAAGAUCCAAUCCAAAUUUGGGAUUCUGAAACAGCAAAACUCACUGAUUUCACAACCCAUUUCACCUUCACCAUUGAUACACAAAAAAAUACAAAAUAUGGCCAAGGCUUUGCUUUUUUCUUGGCUCCAUCUGGUUUUCAAAUCCCUCCAAAUUCAGCUGGUGGGUUUCUUGGCCUUUACAACAAAACAUACAGCAAUUCAGUUACUAAUCAAAUUGUUCAUGUUGAGUUUGAUACUGGCUCAAAUGACUGGGAUCCUCCAUAUGAACAUGUGGGUAUAAAUAUUAACUCUGUUACUUCUUCUAACGACACUCGUUGGAAUGUUAGCUUACACAGUGGGGAUUUGGCUGAUGUGUGGAUUUCCUACAAUUCAACCAUCAAAAUCUUGAGUGUUUCAUGGCUAUACCUGAAGACAUCCACUUUAUUAGAGAAUACCACUCUGAGUUAUCCUAUUGAUUUAAUGACCGUUCUUCCACAACAGGCGACUGUGGGAUUCUCAGCCGCAACUGGUGCUUUAUUAGAGAGACAUGCUGUAUCUUCCUGGGAAUUCAACUCUACUUUGGACUUGAAGCCAACAAGUAAAAGUACUGGAAACAAUGUCAGUGUAGUUGUAGGUGUAACAGUUUCGGUUGGAGGCUUAAUUCUUGUGGGAAUUAUAGUAUUUGUUAUACUUUGGAGGUUUAAGCAAAAGAAAAGGAAAUCAGAUCAAGAAAAUCUUGAGGAAGUAAAUUUGACUUCCAUUAAUGAUGAUUUGGAAAGAGGGGCUGGACCCAGAAGGUUUUCUCACAAGCUUCUUGCUAGGGCAACAAACAACUUCUCAAAUGAAAGAAAGUUGGGGGAAGGAGGAUUUGGUGCAGUGUAUAGAGGCUACAUACAAGAUUUGGAUUUGAAUAUAGCCGUGAAGAAAAUCUCAAGGGGUUCGAGGCAGGGGAGAAAAGAGUAUAUAACCGAAGUGAAGAUCAUUAGUCGGCUUCGUCAUCGAAAUUUGGUGCAACUCAUUGGUUGGUGUCAUGAUAAGGGUGAGUUCUUGUUGGUUUACGAGUUCAUGUCUAAUGGUAGUCUUGAUUCUCAUCUCUUUGGUAAGAGAACCCCUCUUGUUUGGACUGUGAGAUACAAGAUCGCGUUAGGUUUGGGCUCCGCUUUGCUGUAUCUUCAUGAAGAAGGGGAACAAUGCGUGGUUCAUAGGGAUAUCAAAUCUAGUAAUAUCAUGUUGGAUUCAAACUUCAAUGUCAAGCUUGGGGAUUUUGGGCUCGCUCGAUUAAUGGACCAUGAAUUGGGUGCUCAAACAACUGGACUGGUAGGAACUUUGGGCUACUUAGCUCCUGAAUAUAUAAACACAGGUAGAGCUAGUAAAGAAUCCGAUGUGUUCAGUUUUGGAGUUGUUGCUUUGGAGAUUGCCACUGGGAGAGUGUCAAGAACCUCGAUGGAAAAGGAAUCUCAUAAGGGUUUGGUGGAGUGGGUUUGGGAUCUUUAUGGCAGUGGACAAUUACUUGAGGGUGUGGAUGUGAAAUUACAAUCUAAUUUUGACAAAAAACAAGUUGAGUGUUUGAUGGUUGUUGGAUUAUGGAGUGCUUAUCCAGACCCUAAUUUUAGACCUUCCAUAAAACAAGUGAUUCAAGUUCUUAACUUUGAGGCUGCAAUGCCACAUCUUCCAAAUAAAAUGCCUGUUCCUACAUAUAAUGCUCCUUCCACAUCAAUGAGCUCAAAUGAGCCUUCCUUUACUGUUAGUCUUGACAUGGGUCGGUGA